AUGGCGACCGAUCAGAAGAAGGGCCGAUUGACUGAGGCGAAGACCUGCAAAGCCUGUGACCAGUGCAGGAACCGGAAAGUUCGCUGCAUUAUGGAUCCCCAGCAACGCUCGAGAUGCAUCCACUGUAUUAAACGCAACGAGACCUGUCAUUUCACCCAGACCAAACGUAAGCUGAGAUCAAAAGCACCGCAGACCAGCAGGUAUCAUACAACCAGUCGACACCACAUACCGCUCGUCAACUCCUGGGCCGAAGAAGCCUGCAUUCAGCCGACUCUUUCAUCUCUGUUUCUGGACCAGAUAUUGGAAAAUAAAGGUCGCAGUAGCAUUCUGAGGGAUAACUUUGCUUUGCUAAGGGCGUCCGAUCAUGAUGUGACUAGUUCCAGCCUUGCCUUCUUCACGGAGCACCGAAUAAACUCUCUGUCGCACCGGUUGGGCAAUGACCGACUCAGGGAGCUGGUUGAGAACAUCGAAUCCGUCAUUCGAUCGCGACUUCUUGCCGAGGGCCCGUCCUCGAUUUCACACAUCACUUUUGGAAAGCCGUCUGAUACAGAGGACGUUUCGCUGGAAAAUGUCAGGCUCUACGUCAAUACUUACUUCCAUCAACUGCAUCCGAUUUACCCUUUCCUCGAUCGUCAAAAGUUCGAGGAUAAGGUGUUCGGGCCCAAUCUGUCUGAAACUCUGGCAUCUAGCUGUGCUUUCUCGGCCCUGUAUCACACAAUAUUGGCUCUAGGAUGCCAGUACCAUGAAGGCGGGGCCUUUGACCCAGGUAAUGGCAGGGCGUGGAAGCUUUUCCAAGUUUCUUUGGGUCUCGUGUCGGAUAUAUUGAUUCCCAGGGAGGCCUUAAUGAGUCUUCAAGCUUUGGUUGCCAUGUCAAUCUUCGCCAUGACUACUUGCUGUCUUCAGAUCGACGAAGUCUUGCUGAUGGAAGCUGUCCGAAUGGCUCAAAGCCUUGGAUACCAUCGAGCAUUGAGCAACGGGGACCAGCGGUACAAAGACACCUGUCAUAGGACCUUCUGGGUAAUCUACUACAUGGAGAAGGGAAUGUGCUUUCAGAACCACAAAGGCUCGAUGAUUCCCGAUCAUGACAUCGGCUGUCCUGUCCCCGAUGUCCCAGAAUCCGUCUUUGAAGGGCAUAACUGGUUCUUAUCGGCCAUCAGCUUCGGGCGAAUUCUCUCACUUGCAUAUACUUCCCUCUUUUCAGUGAGUGCUGCAAUCCAACCUCCAGAGUCGUAUUAUGCGGCGAUCCAGAAUAUUGAAGCUCGGUUGGAGCGAUGGCGAUCCGCACUACCAGAGCACUAUCGUCCUGGUCGACAAGAUCAGUCUCCAUCGCAGGAGAAGACCAGGCGACUGCUGAUGGAUACAGCAAGAGCCGUUGUGGAGGAAAGCAAGAAUAUCGACAUAGCUGCCUAUACGCCGCUUUUCAUUCUGGCCACCCUACCACUUGGGGCAUUAUUCAUUCUAUUUGACUUUGUCAUCCACAACCCGAUGCAUCCAGAAACCCCCAACAAUCUCUCACUGUUGGAUGUCGCAGCUGGGCAUUUUAGUCUACUGGAGUACAAGUCUGGGGGUUUUGUGCCCGCGUCGCUUCUGACCGAAUUCGCUCACAUCGCAAGACAGUAUAUCAGGGAUUAUGGCAGAAACCAACCACAGCACCAGCAACAAGAAGAGGCAGAGGUGCAGGAAAGGGAAGAUGAGGAAAGAGGUGCAGGACCGUGCGAAAUAGGCUCCUCUAACGUUGAAUCUACAUUAGCUUUCCAGGAUUCUGAGCAGUUGGCUCAAACAAACAACCCCACCAGUAUCAAUGAUGUCUGCUUGCAAGAUGACAUUAUGGAGUUUUGGGAUCCAAGUGACUAUCUUCACUACCCUGUGACGGCAGACACCACGGUGCAUGGCAGCAUGCCCGAGAACAUGAUGGCGGCAUCCUUCAAUAUACAAAGCUUGUUUGGUUUUGUAGUUCCGGAAUUCGGACAUGAUCUCUGA